AUGCAACCAAUCCAAGAACAGGUUAACCAACUACAUGAGGAACAAGAGCAUGUUCAAGCUCUGAAGCUGGCGUAUCUGUUCAUUGCAGUCGAGCGUGAACUGGGAAAUGCUUUUCAGGCCCGACAUAUCAACACCGUCUUCACUGAGCCGAGGGACAUUCGUGGCCACUGCCUUGCUAGGUCGCGGAAACGGCGUCAUCGCGAUGAGGGUCUGAGGCUAGGGUACCACGUCUACUGGGAUGUGACCUGCAAGAAGAUACUUUCACGCAAAGAGAACAUCGUGACGCGUCUAAAUCUCCCGGAGCGCUGCGAUGCUGCUUCAGGUGAGUUCAGGACUGCGUGGACAGAGGGUGUUCUGAGGGAGUUUAUGGCGGUUGAGUUCAAGGGAGGUGAGACACUGGUCAUUGAUCUUACUAGGGUGGAUGACGAUACCGAAGGGAGUCUUUUUAUCGCGGUCAACCCAGACCCGGACUCAGCCGCGACCACAACAACAGCCCCAUCACACACCUCCCGCGCCUCCACCAUCCCCAAGCCCCAAGACCAUAAACCUCUUGACCGCACUUUUAAGGAAUGUGAGCCCAUCAACAUCGAGAUGGCUCGCAUAAAGUGCUUCAAGAGGCGCAUGGUCAAUCGGUCUGCCUUCGAGGAUUCAGAGUACCAGCGUAUCCAUAACCACCUUGGCAACAUCCUUCAAUAUCUCCAUGAUGAGCUCGGCAGCCCGCAGACCCCAGUCCAAGCCCAUCCGGACGUCGAGAUGGACACUACUCAGGAUACAGUGGAUGAUCCUCGUCUCGCUGAGAUGAUGGACCGAUUCGCCAAGAUGGAAGCCAUUACGGAAUCUACUGUCGAGGCCAAGUCUGGGGACAUGAUAGCGGUUGUUGACGAUGAGCCUCAGCUCAACGGCACACCGCUGUUGUUCCCUUGCCACACCCUGCACACACACGCGUCUAUACUAUAUCCUACACCAACCUUCCCUGUCCUGGACGAUACACCGGAGUCAGAAAAAGACGAGCCAGAGCCUCUAGUGGCGUCUGGCCACCUUGAGAGGUGGCAACUGCAGACUCCCAACACGCCUGGACCGUCAUGUUUCGAGCCAGAUGUACCACGACCGACGCCUGUUUUUUACUAG